GCAGAGAGAUUGAGGAAUUGAGGUGCUGCAGAGUAUCCAGAUUCGAACCCUACUGAUACUCGCUUUGCUUGUGUGUUUGAUUUCGAAUCGUGCGAUUUUGGAGAAACUGUUAAUCAUCACAUCUCUUGCGUGCUUGCUCCCGUAACCUCAUCAGAAUCUCUAUUGGCUGGCUGGCCUUAAACAAUUAGCAUUUUGUUUCCUACUGAGUAAUACACCAAUAGUAGCUUCGUUUUGCACUCCAAGUGUUUGAUAAAUUUACCAUCCCUGCAACCCCAUCAUUUGGCGUGAAGGAAGUAUCUGAACUCCUUGGUUGGAUAGAGGAACCCAGAUAACAAGUGCUAUGGACCCAUCUAUAGUGAAACUUCUUGAAGAUGACGAGGAUGAAACAAUGCAUUCGCGGGUGGAUGUGGAAGCUUUCCAGGCUGCUCUAAAUAGAGAUAUUGGAGGAGAUGCAUCUACUUCUCAGCUUUCUGGUUCAGAUUCAGUUUUGUCUCAAGAAAACAAUAAUACAGUUAGUCAGUCAUUACCCCAGUGGCCAACUUCUAGCCUUGACAGCCAAACUGACAGUCAAAAUCAAGAGCCUAAAUCUGUAGUGCAGGAAGAGCAACCUUCUGAGAUGGAACUGAAGCAACCUGUACCUCUUGUGGAACAACUGCAGCAUGUUGCUUCACAGGAUGUAAAUAAUGCUCUGUUGUCACAGAAACAAUCUCAAGAUGAAUGUCACCAAGUGCCGACUGUACAAGUUUCCCUCCAAAAUUCUCAAGCAAGUGGAAGUCAGAAUUCUGGAAAAGAUCCAGUCCUUAAUAAUGAAGUAGUCAAAACCCAUAACCCCAGUAGUGAAUCUCAGUAUGCCAAGUUGCAGCAGAUGAGUAAUCAACAGGCUACAGUCACCGAGCAGCCAAACAACCAAACUAAUCGUGGUAAUCAAGUACCAUUUGGUCUGUUGCUACCCGUCUUGAUUCCCCAACUUGCCAAAGACAAAGCCAUGCAACUUCAAACUCUAUUUGCUAAACUGAAGAAAGAUGAAAUACAGAAAAGCGAUUUUGUGCGGGUGAUGAAGAAUAUUGUUGGGGAGCAGAUGCUUAGACUAGCAUUAGUAAAAGUGCAAUCCCAGACAAGGUCAAACCAGGAACCUGCUGGGCAGCAGCACCCUGUAAGGACACAAACUGUUAGUUCAGGGGUAAGGCAUGUGAAUGAUCCCCAUGCUUCAGCACAGAUGCAUCAGAGAAGCAUGGCUGCUGACCAAAAUCGAAUGACGUCCUCAGCGGUCCAAAUUAUGGAGAGAAAUGCUAGGAAAUCUCAGGAAUUGGAUGUUAAAAUAGAAUCUCAAGGAUUGCAAUCAAGCCAAUUGCCAUUUUCACGUAAUGCUGUUAGCCAAGAAACAGAAAGAUCAUCAGUUCACAUACAAGGGCUUAAUAAGCAGCAGCAACAACAUAUACACUUUCCAUCAGCAUAUGGAAGUAGUAAUGAUAGUUAUAACCCUUUUUCUGGCGCAAGCAGUGGUUCCAAUUCAUUUAUUAAACCACAGCAACAAGAUUCACAUAUGAGUCAAAUUCCACAUCAAAGCAUUAGUUCAAAUCACUUAGGUGGGACAACACAUAUGAUAGGUAUACCAAAGCUUGAACAGCAGAAUUCUUUAAAUGACUCCAAGAAACUAGGUGGAUCUGUGUGUGCUGCUGUAAACAGAGCAGCAUCUCAGCAAACUUCAAAUGCCUGGCAACCACCAACGAACAAAGAACAAAAUUUGGGCUUUAUGUCGUCUGCUUCUUAUGUCAAAAAGGAGCCAGGUGACUUGUCUACAGAGCAGCAACAUAGGCAUAAUUUGUCUAAAUUGCAUGGACUGCCUUCUGUUAAUUCUGCACAGGUUGAAAAGGGUGGUGCUAAUCAAAGGACUGUAAUGGACGAGUUUUCAAGAGGUCUUCCUGCAUCAACAAGCACGCCUCCUACAACUUCUGUAAUGACCCAACUAGACCCUAAUGUCUCUACCCCAUCGAACGUAUCUGGAGUUAUUGCAAGGACACCUCUUAAAAAGCCUCCUCUUGCCCAGAAGAAACAACUUGACGUGCCUGGUUCCUCACCUCCUCCGCCAAGUAAAAAACAAAAAUCGUCUGGGGGAUCUGUAGAACAAAGCAUUGAACAGCUUAAUGACGUGACUGCUGUCAGUGGAGUUGAUCUUAGGGAAGAGGAAGAGCAGCUAUUUUCUGGGCAGAAAGAGGAUAGUCGAGUUUCAGAAGCAUCUCGAAAAGCUGUGCAAGAAGAGGAGGAAAGGCUGAUUUUGCAGAAAGCUCCAUUGCAAAAGAAGUUGAUUGACAUUAUGGCCAAGUGUGGCUUGAAGGGUAUGAGCAAUGAUGUGGAGAGAUGCUUGUCACUGUGUGUAGAGGAAAGAAUGCGUGGACUCAUAAGUAACCUGAUUAGACUGUCAAAACAGCGGGUUGAUGUUGAGAAGACAAGACAUCGGACAAUUGUCACCUCAGAUGUUGGGCAGCAAAUACUGACAAUAAAUAGGAAAGUAAGGGAAGAGUGGGAGAAAAAUCUGGCAGAAGAGAAGCUUCGGAAACUAAAUGAUGUUGAGAGCAAUGCUGGAGAUGAUGGUGAUGCGGAGAAGGAUGAGAGUCGUUCUAAAUCGACAAAGGUGAACAAGGAAGAGGAUGGCAAGCUGAGGACGAAUGCUGCAAAUGUUGCUGCCCGCGCUGCUGUUGGGGGGGAUGAUAUGCUCUCAAAGUGGCAACUUCUGGCUGAGCAAGCCAGGCAGAAACGUGAAGAGGCGAUGGACACGUCAUCCGGUUCGCAGCCAUCAAAUGAUGUGAACCCGAAAUCCUUAUCAACAUCUGGAAGAGGUACAAAGGAUGACCAAGAAGGGGAGAGAAAAGGUUCUACUGCUUUUCUUGCAGCUUCAGGUUCUGCUGGAAAACAUGGGAGAAAUCAUGCUGUUGCAUCUCAAGCUAGGGUAGCUCGAAGCAUCUCUGUGAAGGAUGUAAUUGCAGUCUUAGAGAGGGAACCCCAGAUGUCUAAAUCACCACUCGUACAUCGCUUGUAUGAAAGAAUUCAUUCUGAUGCUCCAGCUGAAUAACGAUAAAUGAAGUACCUAGCAGGUGAUAUUUUUUUUUUUUUAAAUUUUGUUGUUGAGUUUAUUAUUAUCUUAUGCUUAUCAACUAAAUUGAAAAGUUUCCUCAAGUCGGAUACCAACUGUGUUGUACACCUGACUACUUAUAGCCCCCGAUAGUUUACCAUUUAAAUUUGAUUUUCUCCUGUAUUCACAGUUGUCUUGUAAAAA